AUGCCCUCGUUAACCACAUCCCUCCCUUUCUCGCCCGCCGAGCUCGCAUACCUACAUACGUCUCUGGCCUCGGUGCCACCUCUCCGACCAGAUGCCCGACAGUCAUCGACCGACUUUCGCCCUUUGCGCGCCGAAACGGGCAUUCUCCCUGCGGUUAAUGGAAGCGCCCACGUCGGUUUUAGUGACGGCCGUGAAGCCAUUGUCGGUGUCAAACUCGAAGUGGAAAAGACCCCUAGAAACCCGGCCUUGGUUGCUGCAGAGUCUCUUGUCGUAGACGGUGCCAUGGAUUUGGAUGGGCAAGAUCAAGAGAACAGUACUCCACAACGAAAUCCUGAGUGGGUGACGUUGAAUCUCACUUUGCCUGGUUUGAGGGACGAUGAUACCAAUCUAGUCUUCUUGGAGGAGAUGCUGCGAGAGCCUCUUGUUGUUUCGUCUACAUCGUCUUCACAAUCCCCCUCGCUACAGGAUAAGCUCGUCAUCAACCACCGUUGGCACUGGCAUAUCUACAUUGAUGUUCUCCUCAUCUCUCCCCAUGGUCUGGCUAGCUACCCACUGCCUCUACUGAGUAUGGCCACUCAUCUCGCCCUUCGAGACACCCGUGUUCCAAAAUUAGCCAGCCAAGGCGAGGAAGAUCCCAUUGCCAAUGACGACUGGAUGGCUAGCACUUUCUUGUACCCUCGCGAGUCCAUCUCCCAUCCUCAGACAACCUCACCGGCAACAGAGAAACCUCCGGUGACAUUACUCGUCGUCGUGGUUGGUGAAAGCGUCAUCUUCGAUCCCAGUCGAGAAGAACUUGCCGUGGCCGAUGCCGUUGUGGCUGUCAGUGUUGGUGUCGGUGGACCUGAUGGCAAGGAUCUGAGACUACUGGCAACGAGGAUGAUCAACACGCCGGCAAGAGACACUAUGAAGGGCGUUCCACAAUCUGGCGAAGUUCAAGAAGGUAUCGAUGUUCCUGGCGUGUGGAAGCCGAGAGUGGGAGGUAUCAAGAGAAGUGUUCUGAAAUCAGUCAUCAAGGAGGUAUUUGCUGGCGGUGUGGCCAAGGAUGUCCUGGACGGUCUUGAUGGAUUUAUUGGCUUGGAGUCUUGA